UAAUAGUGGUAAAUCCUUGAAAGAUGUCGCAAAAACUCCAUACAGUGGAAGUUCAUCGGCAGUUCGGAUUCCUGCAAAUAAAAUCCCCGGAAUCAACAACAUAUCAUGGAGUUGUCCAAAAUGUACAUUUAAAAAUAAGCCAUUGGUAUUGCAAUGUGAGGUUUGUUUGAACAUAAAGCCAGAUAAAGAUCAACAAUCACAGGACUUUGUACCUAUUGAAAUCUUAAGUUCAGAAUGGGAUUGUCCAAUGUGUACAUAUAGAAACGAAGAUUAUUGUGAUUAUUGUGAUCGAAUUUUUCCUGAUAAUGCUGAGGCUAGGAAAAAUCACAUAGAAGGGGCAAAUCAUCAAAAUAACGUAAAGCUUCAUUAUGACUCUUAUAAAGCUCCUAUUGAAUUAUUAUUGGAAAAUAGCAAGAAAUCUCCUUGUAGAAAAUUUCAUGAAACUGGAUAUUGUCCUUUUGGUUUAAGUUGUAAAUAUUCCCAUGUUCCCUAUGGAAUUGAUUUCUCUGUGGUUGACCCUCAUCUAUAUUUGGCCCAAAAUCCUAUUCUUCUUCAACAACAACGGCGUCAAGCAUUCAUGAAUGAACAAGGUGGGCAAUCAUUACAGCAAAAACCAACGCCAAUGUUUAAGUAUAAGCUUCCAGCUGGUUUGUCAUUGAGAGAUUUACCACCAUCGCUUAGACCUCCUCCACCGAUGGGAUAUGAUUUCUCAAAAGCUGCACAAUGGGGUUAA